AUGAUAAACAAGCUUGCUAGUGCUGUGAUGAAGAAGCUCGCGAACUCAAACACCUCACAAACCCUCACACCUGAGCUAAUGAGUCGUAUUAAAAUAAGCCUUUCUGAAGCCUACCCCAUGUUUUUCACAGCCGAUCACCCCACCUAUGCUGUGAUGAUACAGAAGGCAGUUGCUGAGUUGAAUGAGGAAGGGGGUUCGACUGAAGAAGCAGUAUCAAAAUUUAUCAGAGAGCAUUUUGACUGUUUGCCAUUGGCUCAUGAAAGACUCUUGAGUCAUCAUUUGAAGAAACUUAGCGAGAGCGGAGAAAUUGUUAGUGCUUCAAAAAACUGUUAUAUGCUUCCGGCUCAUAAAAUUGAUUCUUAUUCUCAAAGGGAGCCUGUGGAGAAACCGAAGAGAGGUGAGCUGGGUAGGAGAAUAAUAAGAAGAAAUGAUUUUGAGCCUGAAAAUCUGGCAGUAGAACAAGUUGAACUGACUGGACAACAGAGAGAACAUGCAUGGCAAAGUCAGGAACCAUGUCAGAAAGAAGAGUUUAGUAAAGCGAUUGAUGAUGAAGACGUUGAAGAGACUAAACAACGGAGAGAACAUGAGCAACAGAGUCAAGAAACGAGUCUAGAAGAACAGCAUAGUAAGGUGAUUGACGAUCAAAAUGGAUCUCCGGAGGAACAGCAAGAUGAAGUGAAUGGACAAAAAUGUAAAAACCAAAUUCAAGAAGUUGCCGUGAUUGUUGAAAAGCAUACCAAUUCAAAACAGAAAGCAACUGAGGAACAAGUUGAAUUGACAGAAAAACAAGGGGAGCAUGAUAUGCAAAUUGGAGAACCCGAUCAAGGAGAAUAUACUAAGCUGAUUGAUGACCAAAAUGGCCUAGAGCUACAAACUGAACAGAAUGAACUGAAUGGACAACGAAGUCAAACUCAAAUGCAAGAAGUUGCAAUGACUUUUGAAAGGCAGAAUAAUGCAAACCAGAAAUGUAAAGUGGCUGAAGAAUGCGUUGAGCUGACAUGUGUUGAAGUGACUGAACAGAGAUCACUUGGGCAACAAAGUGAAGACGCAGGUCUACUAGAACAGCAUGGUGAGGUGAUUGACGAUCAAAGUGUAUCUCCUUAUGAACAGUGUGUUAAGGGGAAUGGACAACAAAGUGAAAAUCAAAUGGAAGAAGUUCCAGUGAUUGUUGAACAACAGAACACUGCAAAAGAGAAAUAUAAAGCAACUGAAGAACCAGUUGAAGUCACUGAUAAACAGGGAGAACACAAGCAACAAAAUCCACAAGAACAGCAUAAUAUGGUGAUCGAAAGUCAAAAUGGAUCUUCGGAUGACCUGCAAGAUGAAGUGAAUGGACAACAAACUCAAACCCAUGUGCAAGAAAUUGCAGUGAUUGUUGAAAAGCAAUGUAUUGUGGAGCAUGAUGACAAAAGAAACAAAAUGAACAGCCAGAUGAUGCAGAUGGACAGCAAAGUCGAAUACAGAUGCAAGAAAUCGCAGUGA